UUGUAAGGCCCGCCAUCGGUCGACCCGCUGUCAACAAUGAUCGCCUUGGGGGUGAACUUCUCUAUUCCAUACCAGAAAUGGUCGGCCCGGUAGCCAUAGCCGAGCAUGGCAUUCGGAGUUAGAAUAUUGAAUUCGGAAGACAUGGCGGAGGUGGACAAGCGUUGACCAGAGUUGACUCCCAAUAAUCUCAGAAUCACACCAGGAUUAACCGUGCGUCGUGCGUUGGUCUAAUAGUUUGGGCAUUCGGUAUGACGCCGAUGCGGGGAAACCCGAAAGCCGACAGAAGCACCGGCAACAUGCCGAAUAGAACCUGGUCAUAUGAAACAGGAAAAGCAGUCAGCAUCGAGUUGGAGAUAAUAUUUGAUAUGCUUCUCCCGUAUUAUCCCGCUCCUCAUCGCCUCCCAUUCUCCUGCAAAUAUGAGUCUCUCAAACUUGCUGGGUUCUUUCGGGUGGAUUUCUACGAAAUUUGGCCAGUCCGAACAGCCUCGAAUCUCUGAAGACAGUGGUACGACUUCAGCGUCAGCUAUCUCUCGUCCACAAUUUGAUCAUCUUCCACUGAAGAAGGGCGAUCCGAAGGCCUCCGCUUGGGGACUCUGGGGCGACCAGGAUGAGCGGGGGACACUGAAUCUGAUCACCCACGAUGUUGUGCGCGCGGCUUCAAUGGAGUCUAUCUAUGGGAAAGUUAUUAACUUGAAUCUACCCCUAGAUGUUCCAUUAAAGCCAAUGAACCCCCGCAGGAAGCCAUGUGCCCAUACAUUGAUUGCUAAGGGACAUGCAAAUGACGACGAGCUCGAUUUUAACACGCAAAGUUCGAGCCAUUGGGAUGGGCUCCGCCAUUUCCCAUACUCCGAAACCAAGCAAUUCUAUAACGGUGUUCUUCAAGAAGAAAUCGCAUCUACUCAUAAGAUUGGAAUUCAAAAUAUCGCAGAGAAUCCAAUCGUGACCCGAGGAGUCCUUCUCGAUUGGUAUGAAUAUGUCCAGCGAAAGGGCCUGCAACAUCAUCCAUUUACAAACCAAGCCAUUCAUCUCCAUGAGUUGCUCGAGAUUGCAAAGGAGCAAAAGGUCACUUUCCGCCGCGGAGACGUUCUUCUCAUCCGUACAGGUUGGACUGCGGCCUAUUCCAAGUUAACCAAUGCUGAAAAGGACCAUCUCGGUGGACGCGAUGACCGUGCCUCUUGUGGUGUCGAGGCCUCAGAGGCAGCGAUAAGAUGGCAUUGGGAGCAACAAUUCUCCGCGGUAGCCAGUGACACGGUGGCAUACGAACAAUGGCCGUCACCGAAGCCGUGGGGUGUCUGUAUGCACGAGGUCUUUCUCAGUGGCUGGGGAAUGCCCAUCGGUGAGUGCUGGGACCUGGAAGAGUUGAGUAAGACUUGCAAAGACCUACGUCGUUGGACGUUCAUGCUCACCAGCCAACCGCUCAACCUCUAUGGGGGUGUUGCCAGCCCACCUAAUGCAACUGCAAUUUUUUGAUUUUUUCCUUUAUAACUCCAAAAAGGAAGGCAAUGUCUCUUGCCAAAUGCAAUGAAACAAAACUAGAUACUCCAUUCGAGCUUAGCCCUUUAAGUACAGCGGUAUGAUUGUUAAAAUAGAGGAACGCAUGUCGAACUUGAAAACUUGACAAGUACAAACCACACCAAAACUAUGAGUGAUGUCGACAUGUCUGUUGAGUUUCGUAUCCUGUGCUUAAGUUGUCUGGCAGCUUUGCAACAAGACAUGCGACG